ACCGGGUAGCAGCUCACGAGGAAAUUGAACAUGUCCGCUUGCAAAGUGCUGCGGUCUGGUUUUGGGUUGAUUCAGUCAUCUUUCCAGUUCACUCAGCAGGCAUGCAGAAGUUCACUGGGAAUAGUGGAGCAGGUCCGAGGUUAUUACGUUGACUGGAGAAUGCUGCGAGAUGUGAAAAGAAGACAGAUGGCAUACGAGUAUGCAGAUACGAGACUGCGGAUCAACGCCAUCAGAAAGAACACGCUCUUGCCUAAAGAGUUGCAGGAGGUAGCUGAUAAAGAAAUUGCUGCAUUGCCCCGAGACAGUUGCCCGGUGCGUAUCCGCAACAGAUGUGUGAUCACGUCGCGACCCCGUGGAGUGAAACGCAGGUGGCGUCUGAGCCGCAUCAUCUUCAGACACCUAGCAGACCACAAUCAGAUGUCGGGCAUACAGAGAUCGAUGUGGUGAAAACUUCACAGUGGAUAAUUCAGUUUAUGACUUGCAGACUCAGUGCUGGAGAAGCCAGAGAUCAAAAUGUUCCAGAUCACAGUGGAAAUGCAUAAUCCAUCACCAUGUGCGCACAAAUUGCUGUUUUGGAAGAUAUUGUCUUGUAAAGUGAGAACUAUUUUGCUGCUUUGUGCAUAAUAAAGGUUAUUCAUAAUGAUGCUA